AUGGGUAUCACCAAGGUUCACGCUCGUUACGUCUACGACUCUCGUGGCAACCCCACCGUCGAGGUCGAUGUCGUGACCGAGGAGACUGGCCUCGCCCGCGCCAUCGUGCCAUCUGGUGCCUCCACCGGUCAGCACGAGGCUUGCGAGCUCCGUGACGGCGACAAGACCCACUGGGCUGGCAAGGGUGUUCUCCAGGCCGUCAAGAACGUCAACGAGGUCAUUGGCCCCGCGCUCAUCAAGGAGAAGAUUGACGUCAAGGACCAGAGCAAGGUCGACGAGUUCCUCCUCAAGCUCGACGGUACCCCCAACAAGACCAAGCUCGGUGCCAACGCCAUUCUCGGUGUCAGUUUGGCUGUCGCCAAGGCCGGUGCUGCCGAGAAGGGUGUCCCUCUCUACGCUCACGUCUCCGACCUUGCCGGCACCAAGAAGCCCUAUGUCCUCCCCGUUCCCUUCAUGAACGUCCUCAACGGCGGUUCCCACGCCGGUGGCCGUCUUGCCUUCCAAGAGUUCAUGAUCGUUCCUUCCGCCGCCCCCUCUUUCUCCGAGGCCAUGCGCCAGGGUGCUGAGGUGUACCAGAAGCUCAAGGGCCUCGCCAAGAAGAAGUACGGCCAGUCCGCUGGCAACGUCGGUGACGAGGGUGGUGUUGCUCCCGAUAUCCAGAGCGCCGAGGAGGCCCUCGAGCUCAUCACCGAGGCCAUUGAGGCCGCUGGCUACACUGGCCAGAUCAAGAUCGCCAUGGAUGUCGCCUCCAGCGAGUUCUACAAGGAGGACGCCAAGAAGUACGAUCUCGACUUCAAGAACCCCGAGAGCGACCCCUCCAAGUGGCUCACCUACGAGGAGUUGGCUGCCCUCUACUCCGACCUUUGCAAGAAGUACCCCAUCGUCUCCAUCGAGGACCCCUUCGCUGAGGAUGACUGGGAGGCCUGGAGCUACUUCUACAAGACCCAGGGCGAGUCCAUCCAGAUCGUUGCUGACGACUUAACCGUCACCAACCCUCUCCGCAUCAAGAAGGCCAUUGAGCUCAAGGCUUCCAACGCCCUUCUCCUCAAGGUCAACCAGAUCGGUACCCUUACCGAGUCCAUCCAGGCCGCCAAGGACUCCUAUGCCGAUGGCUGGGGCGUCAUGGUUUCUCAUCGCUCUGGUGAGACCGAGGAUGUCACCAUCGCCGACAUUGCCGUCGGUAUCCGCUCCGGCGAGAUCAAGACCGGCGCUCCCUGCAGAUCGGAGCGCCUGGCCAAGCUUAACCAGAUUCUCCGCAUCGAGGAGGAGCUUGGCGAGAACGCCGUGUAUGCCGGCGAGAACUUCCGCAAGUCCAUCAACUUGUAA